UCACCUCAGCUGUCCCUGAUAUGACCUGUUCCCAGAAGCCUCUCCAUCUAUCUCCUGUUGGGGAUUCCCACCCUAACCCUGCUGUGGCGCUCUCCCAUCAUUCCAGGAUGCUGUCCUUUCCCCGUGUGAUGGCCUGCUCACGGACCUGCUCCCGCUUCCUCGGGCUGAGCCUCGGGACCGCAUCCCUGUUUGCUGCUGGGGCCAACAUCGCACUCCUCUUUCCUAACUGGGAUAUGACCUACCUGACGAGGGGCCUCAUUGGCAAGCAUGCCAUGCUGGGCUCUGGGCUCUGGGGAGGAGGCUUCAUGGUAUUGGUGGCAGCGGCUCUCAUCUCCAUGACAGGCUACUUCAGUAAGAGCGCUCCCUGUCUGUGUAUGCUUAUCGCUCUGUUAUCAAGUGGCCUGGCUCUACUUGGGGCCUUGGUUUGCUUUGUCACUUCUGGAGUAGCCUUGAAAGAUGGCCCCUUUUGCAUGUUUGACAUCUCAUCCUUCAAUCAGACACAAGCUUGGAAAUUUGGCUAUCCCUUCAAAGACCUGCCCAACAGGAAUUAUUUGUACGACCGCUCACUCUGGACCUCCGUCUGCCUGGAGCCCUCUGAGGCUGUGGUGUGGCAUGUGGCCUUCUUCUCCACACUGUUGUGUAUCAGCCUCCUCCAGUUUCUCCUGGUGGCCAUCCAUUUCAUCAAUAGCAUCCUCGGCCUGUUGUGCAGCUUUUGUGAAAAGAGCUAGGAAGAAGGAACCUUUGACCUAUAAAACACCUUGAACAUCCUUUUUGAAAAGGAGGGAGAAAACUUUUGUUUACAUGCAAGAUGAGGCUCCAGAGAGGAGGUGGGGGCUUAUGGUAAGAGGAACUGAUGAACGUGGCUCCCUGGGUAAAGAUGCCUGUUGCUAAACCGGAGGACCUGAGGACCUGAGGCUUAACCCCCAGAAUCCAUCUGGUAGAACAGAUUCUGUAGAUUGGUGUGCAUGCCCACAUGGUAACUCACAACCAUCCCUAAGUCCAAUUUCAAGGAAUCUCACACCCUCUUCUGGCCUCUGUAGAUGCAUGCAAGUACAAAGACAUACAUACAGGCCAAACAUCCAUAUACACAAAUAAAGUAAAACAAGUUGUUUUUGUUUGGGGGGUAAGAGUUGUGAAUGUGAGCCACAGAGCAUGUGCAUGCUUGUGUGUGUGUUGUUGAUGGAAGUUUCUGUCCUGCCCAGUCCCGCAGCCAUUUAGUCCUAAAUAAACACACAGAAGCUAAUAUUAAUUAUAAAC